AUGUAUUGCCAGAAGUGCCGGCAACCCAUCCGUAUAGACGCCUCCAUCCAGGACCUCAACCCUGCGUCCUUCGACCUACUCGUUGCAUCUACGGCCAAAACCCAGCAGAACAGCGCCAGCGCCAGCGUAUCCCGUCUCAACUAUCCCAAAGAACGGAAAGAUCUUUAUGACCGGGUUUCGAGCCAGAAAGACUCUCCUAUCUACAAGCGAACGAUCCCAGCACCCCAGCAUGGCAACCCUGCAGCCGGCCAUGGCCCCAGCAAUGGACACACUGAUAUGUCCUUUAUUGAGAUAACACAAUCUCAAGUUGCCUUGCAGGAGAAGGACCAACUGAAUCGUCCCAAGCGCAAGGUAGAAGGGCAGAAGGGCGAUGUUAAUCCCGAGGAAGAUGAGGAAGCGAACCUAUUGUCUACUCAGGUGGCUAAGUCCGAGAUGCUGUUCUCUCUAUUGUCCUCCUAUUCAGACAUUGAUCAUCCGAUAUGCCUCGAGUGCACGUCCAUACUUUUAUCGUCAUACAACGCCCGCCUUGGAGGUUCCCUCAAGGAGAAAGACGCAUACGCGUCGUUUCUCAAGACUGUACAGCAGACCGUCUCCUCGACACCGCCCGGAAGUGAUACGAAAGCACGGAAAGAGCAGCUAGAAGCACAGAACCAGGCAGAAUCUUCUUACAGCCGGCUGACACACACCGAAGGCGAGUCUCGGCAGGUGGAGGCGCAAAUUGCCAUCCUGGAGGAGGAGACAGGGCAGGCGGAUGUUCAAGAACAAGCAUAUUGGCGAUCACGAAACGCUUUCGACGACAAGCUAUACGAAAUCACGGUUCGGCUGUCGUCUUUACAGGAGAAAUAUAUCCACGACCGUCAACAACUGGAGCGCCUUCAACGCACCAAUGUAUACAAUGACACGUUUUGCGUUGGUCAUGACGGGUACUUCGGAACCAUCAACGGUCUGCGACUCGGUCGUCUGCCUAAUCAAAAUGUUGACUGGGCGGAAAUCAAUGCAGCAUGGGGUCAGACGCUACUACUCCUCGCUAUUGUUGCAGAACGGCUCAAAUAUUCAUUCCAAGGCUACCGUCUGCGACCACAAGGCAGCACAUCUCGCAUUGAAAAGCUCGAAUACCCCCAACAGGCUCCCGGCGUGACGCGCCAAAGUGGUGCAGAUCGUGGCUUACGUUCAGUCUCUGCGAACCCCGAACCCAAGAUCACCCGUCUGGACUUGUUCAGCAGUGGAGAUAUGGCAAUUGGUCGACUUUUGAACCAUCGCCGGUUUGAUGCGGGAAUGGUGGCAUUUCUUGAGUGCCUAAAUCAGCUGGGAAAAUAUGUCGAGCGAACCACCAGCGUCGAAGCCAAUACGAAUCACGCCCCAAACAGGAAUUCCUCUAUCCGGAAUCCACCAUCGAAGAGGGUACUACCAUAUCCCAUACAGGGCGACAAGAUUGGCGAUGUCUCUAUUAAGCUCGGGGUGGGGUUCCACCAGGAUGAGAACUUUACAAAGGCUUGCAAGCAUACCUUGACGAACUGCAAGUUUCUUCUGGCUCAUGUCAGCAACCUUGAGGUCCAGAGAGGCUCAUGA